AUGAAAUUGGAGAAACAGUUGAAGGAGAAGGAUGAUUUGACCGAGAUACUUGAGCGACAUGCUGUAGAGAGACAAAAGGAGCAAGAGAAUUUAUUUUUCUCUAGCGUCCAGUCAGUUCCUAGUGUUCAUGAGUAUUCUGAUAUUCUUUCUACCUCAGGUGCUUGGAAGAAGAUUGUCGACAAACCUGUGCUUGAAAGCGCUCAAUUGAAGAGGCAGAAGAGGAAGCAUCAGCAAGGAGUUGGACUUUCUUCAAAGGGGAUUUCAUUGAACCCAUAG